AGGAAAGUUUGUUUGGCAACUGUUUCGCUUUAACCUUUAUUCGGCGUCGUCGACCACCCGCCGUCUCCCGCUAAUGCGUACUUAUGCGGUUGCACAUUCGAUAUAUUUUGACAGGUAGCCGAUGAUAAAUAAUGGCGUCGGGCUUAGAAAGCUAUGUGAAUCACACGGUCUCCGUUAUCACGUCGGACGGUAGGAAUUUCAUCGGAACAUUAAAAGGCUUUGACCAAACCAUCAACAUAAUUCUGGAUGAGUCACAUGAACGAGUAUACAGCACGACACAAGGAGUGGAGCAAGUUGUCCUGGGUCUACACAUCAUCAGGGGUGAUAACAUAGCAAUAGUGGGAGAAUUGGACGACGAAAUGGAUGCACGACUGGACUUGUCAGCGAUACGAGCUGAACCUCUAAGCUCUAUCGUACAUUGACUGUACGCAUGUACCAGAAAUUACAUCUUAAAGUUACCGUCUGUUCUGGUUCCAACCUAAAAUAAAAAAGUAAUUUGUGUACAUCA